AUGGCCGUAGUACAAAACAUUCAGGGGAAUCUCGUCUUGGCACUCGCAGAGUUCUUUGAUAAUGAAGGUUCCAGUCACUGGAUGUAUGCCGGGACUGCCAUUAGAAUGGCCCAAAUCAUGAGGCUAAACAAGGAAUACCACCAAAUUCACUCCUUGAAAGACCAGGAGAUCCGUCGCCGGACCUUUUGGGCGUGCGUCUUCAUGGACAAGCUGCUGGCGUAUUUCCUCACAAAGCCAAUCACCAUAUUCGGAGCUAAUGUAGCUACCUCCCUACCUGGAACAGACGCAUCAAUUGCAUAUCAAGAACCGACUAGAGGAUUGACCUUGCAGUCAAUCGGAUCCUUUGCCGGAUUUCCCUCAGAGAUAGGUGUACUCCCGUACCUGGUGAAAACGGUCUGGCACUGGGGUGAUGUAUCAGAUCUGAAUGCUUGCAAUCAUCGGUUCACUGAUACCAUAGCACCAACAGACCCUGCCAGUCCGUUUAGCCAGCGACAUGAGAAUAUGAAGUUGUGGACUCUUUCGUUGCCUCAAAGCCUUCAGUGGUCUGACCAUAACUAUGCAAACCAUUCUAGUUUAGGCCACGGGAAGGAGUUCAUUGCCAUGCAUUUUCUGAUUCGAAGUGCCUUCUGCAUAGCACAUCAGUCAUACUUGCCACAGCUGGAUGGGUCGUCGAUCCUCGUUGAUAUCGUGGAUGCCGCAGGAUGGUCUCUUUUGCAUAGAGACUCCGAACUUGUAGAUGUGUGUGUCACAAACGCACUGGCAACCGCCGAAAUGGCCACAACGUUAAUGGAACAUGGUCCAAAGGCUCGUUCGGACCUCGAAUCAGUCUGGGUAGCAGCCUCGCUCUUCAUCGUAUCAAAUACAUUACUUUGGAUUCAACACUCCAAUGACCCGCAAUACGGCAAUGCCAAACUCAUCAACGAAGCGGAAAGGGGCUUUGAAACAAUUCUGCAAAUCAUGUCCUUAUGGGAAGGUCAUUGGCCUGCCGUCAGUCAGUGGCUUCAUACUCUGCGAGCCAUGCGGGCCAUGUAUCGGGCAGCAUAUCUCGGAGAAGUCGACCAGUCUCUCGUUACGGAACCGGCAGUCCCGUCCUCAAGCCCGGAGUCGUCAAAAUUUCGGCCACGGCCUGGCGAUGGCUUCAUCUCCUUGCAUGCAAUUCCUACCCUGGCUGAGUCCCUUCGGUUCCUGGCGAGCGAUACCUCCGUCGAGCCGAAGAGGCUUCAGACGGUGUGGAUGCAGUUUGCAACGGGUUGGCCCCAUGAUUUUGCUAAUGCUAAUUUGGAUGGAACUCUGCAAAGCUAA